ACGUACUUUCCCCCAAGUACAGUGCCCUUCUUUUCUGGAAUUUUCAGACAGCUUUUGAAGAAGCUAAGAAUCUGAUUGUCCGAAUUUCCGUGCUACACGACGACGCUUUUUAAGUUUUGGCUUUCGAAGGAUUAUGGCGGAAUCGUCUUCUUCGUCGCCUACCGAAGAGAUCGCCCGAUUGAUCAAACGAUUAAGCGCGUACGUUACUUUCAAGAUGUCUAGCCUCUUCUCUACAUCUAUUCCCAAUCUGGAUUCAAGAUCUAUUGGUGCUAUUGCUGGGCUUGCAAUCGCUGUGAUAUUCACAUGGAGGGCUAUAAGAGCACCACCAGGGGAGCCUAGAAGAAGGCAGCCUAAACGCAGGAUGCAGUCAGCUGAAACCUCUUCUGCUGCUGCUGAUGCUCAGUCAAAUCUAGCUUCGAUCACUCCCAAUGAUGUUUCUUUGCCUCGUGAGGAUAACGGAGUGCAAGAUGUUGUUGAUCAGUUUUUUCAGCCUGUGAAACCUACACUGGGGCAGAUGGUUAGGCAGAAGCUUAGUGAAGGAAGGAAGGUGACAUGCCGUCUUCUUGGGGUCAUUCUUGAGGAAUCAAGUCCAGAAGAACUCCAAAAACAAGCAACAGUGAAGUCAUCUGUUCUGGAAGUUCUCCUAGAGAUUACAAAGUCUUCUGAUUUAUAUCUCAUGGAAAGAGUUCUUGACGACGAAAGCGAAGCCAGAGUUCUAGAGGCUUUAGAGACGGCAGGUGUUUUCACCUCUGGUGGUUUGGUCAAAGAUAAGGUCUUGUUUUGUAGUACAGAGAUUGGAAGAACUUCGUUUGUUAGACAACUAGAACCUGACUGGCAUAUUGAUACAAAUCCAGAGAUCACCACACAGCUAGCUAGGUUCAUCAAAUAUCAGCUUCACGUCUCUGCUGCAAAACCAGAGCGAACUGCUCCUAACGUGUUCACCUCGCAGUCAAUAGAGCACUUCUUUGGAUGUGCUUAAUGCCAACAAAAAGAAGAGAGGUGAAAGAUACGCAACAAAAACUACAAACUGUAAUUUUCGAUUUGAUCUUCUUAUUGUUCUGACAGAAGCAAAGAGCAGAGGCGUAAAUGGUCUCGUUUCCAUCAUAAAACUUGAAAUUUCCUUUUUUUUUUGUUGUGUUGUCUGGAAAUUAAGAAAAGUUUGAUAUUUAAUGGAGUUAGAAAAUACUGCGAGUGUUCUUCGGUGGAAGUAUAGGAGUUUGUAAUUUCUGUAUCAAAAACAUUAUCGUGUUUUCUUGUUAUAUCAAAAUGGGAUCUUGUACUGUGAA